AGUUACAAAUAAAGCUGGGGCGGAAAAACAUGUGGAGAAAGGAAUGACCAACUAGGUCCCAGAGAUGCUGAAACUGUGUAACAAAGACGCUGUAGCAUACUCCUUUGAGGGUCCACCUGACACCGUGCCUCCGCUUUUCAGCAUGCUGGACAGCAGUCAGCCUACUCCCUGGAGCAGUGAGCCCGCCAGUGAGCAGCUCCCACAGCCAGACUGCCCGCUGCAGGACCAACUGGGCGCUGGGCUGGAGGAAACAGAAGUGGAAACAGAAGUGGAAACAGAAGUCUUACUCCAGGAAACCAACAAUAAAGCAUCUCAAGAUGAAGAUCUGACGCACAAAGAAGUCACCAACAUCUGUUACCAGCACGAGCAGGAAGAAGAGGGACUCCAGACAACAGCCACAGCACCCCCGUCUCUGGAAGGGCCGUCUGAACCCGCUGCUCAGCCCUCUCUGUUCCAACAGAUAGACCAGAUAGAGCCCAGUGAGCCAAAAUCUCCAGAAGAAAACGACCUGUCCCAGAUGCUAAGUGAGUUGCAAGUGUCGCACGCAGAGACCACACUGGAACUAGAAAAGACCAGAGACAUGCUGCUUCUGCAGCGUAAAAUCAACGUGUGCUAUCAGGAGGAGCUGGAGUCAGUGAUGACAAAAGCUGAUAACGAAAACAGGGACCACAAAGAGAAGCUGGAGAGGCUGAGCCACCUCCUGGACCUCAAGAGCAACCGCAUUAAGCAACUGGAAGAGCAGCUCAGAGACAUUGCUUAUGGCACUCGGCAACCGUCACUGUGUCUGGAGUCACUGCCAGCCCACAGAGGGGAGGACGAAGUGGACAUUUCUCUGCUGCGUCGAAAUGAGAAUCUCUUUGAACUGCACAUCCACCAGGCCUUCCUGAUGCCUACUGCAAUAGCACAGGCUGGAGAUGCCCAACCUACCACUUUCUGCACUUACUCCUUCUAUGACUUUGAAACCCACUGCACCCCACUCUCUGUUGGGCCACAGCCCCUCUAUGAUUUCACCUCCCAGUUUGUAGUGCAGACAGAUUCUCUUUUCUUGCACUACCUUCAAGGAACUUCAAUGCGGCUCGAUCUCCAUCAGGCCAUGGCUAAUGAGCAUCAUACCCUUGCCACUGGAUGGAUUCCACUUGACAAAGUACUAGAGACUGUGGAGAAAGUCCAUGGCUUGGCCGCACUUACUGGAGCUGGUGGAGAAGACCUGGGGGUGUUAGAGUACUGGAUGAGGCUGUGCUUGCCCCUAAAAUCCAGCUUCCAGGCAUGCAAUAAGCGAAAGAAAGCCCAGGCCUACCUGUCAGUCAAUGUGCUUGGAGCUUGGAAGGUCCCGAAGGAUGAGUCCAGAUCCGAGUCUUGGACACCUCGGAAUGAACUGCGGAUUGAAAUCACCGGGUGCUGCGGCCUCCGGAGCCGGUGGCUGGGAACGCAGCCCAGCCCAUACGCCAUGUACCGCUUCUUCACCUUUCCCGACCAUGGCACCACCAUCAUCCCAGCCAGCAACAACCCACACUUUAAAGACCGGGCUCUGUUCCCAGUGCUCGUGACCUCUGACCUGGACCAGUAUCUGAAGCAGGAGGCCCUGUCUAUAUACAUCUUUGAUGAUGAGGACACAGAGCCAGGCUCCUAUCUUGGUCGAGUUCAUGUACCCUUGCUGCCGCUGGCACAAAACAAAUCUAUCAAAGGUGAUUUUAAUCUCAUGGACUCUUCGGAGAAGUCCAGCGGGUCCAUUAAAGUGCAACUAGACUGGAAGUCUCACUACAUGCCUCCAGAGGUCCCAGAACUGGAAGCUAAGACAGAGGAGGAUGACACCAAAGAUGACUUGGAGACCUCAACCACAGAAGAGACGGCCCCUUUCCUUCCCCAGGCCCAGAUGGCAUCGACAGAGAUUCCCAUCGAGGUUGGCCAGUGUCAAGUGAAGAGAAAGACUCCUCCCACAGAGGAAAGGAAGAAGAAAGAACAUCAGGUUGCAAGCUACUCAAGAAGAAGACACAGCAAGAGAACAGGUGUCCAAGGCAAGAACCGCAUGGAGUAUCUGAGCCGUAACAUCUUGAAUGGAAACACGCUGCAGCAGGUGCACUAUACUGAGUGGAAAUUCUCAGGGCUCAAGAAGUGCGAGGAUGAGGGCUUUAAAAUCCAGGACAAGAAAGAGAAAAUACAGCCGUCCCUUCCAGCACCAGCACAGGAGGAUCCCUCACAAACUACAAAUGAAGCUCAAGAACCCUCUGGACAAACUUCGGAAGCGAGCGAAGUACACACUACAGACAGUGAUGACAUCAUAGUGACACCCCAAGCUCAGACGUGUCCCAAAGCCGAUUCAGAGAAGAUGUGCAUUGAGGUGCUCUCCCUGGCCUUCUGUGCAGAGGCUGACGUCAUGUCUGAUGAGAGCAUACAGCAGGUGUAUGUGGAGUACAGAUUCUGUGAUCUGCCUCUCUCUGAGACGGAGACGCCGGUGUCCCUGAGGAAACCGAGGGCAGGAGAAGAAAUCCACUUCCACUUUAGCAAGGUGAUAGACCUGGACCCAGCGGAGCACCAAGGCAGAAGGCAGUUUCUGUUUGCCAUGCUGCAUGCUCAAGAUCCUGACGAGGGACGUUUAAAGUUUACAGUGGUAAGUGAUCCCCUGGAUGAAGAAAAAGAAUGUCAAGAUGUAGGCUAUGCGUACCUUGAUCUGUGGCAGAUACUUCAAUCUGGAAGAGAUAUCCUAGAGCAAGAACUAGAGAUUGUCAGCCCCGGAGACCAGGCCAUCCAAAUUGGAAGGCUGAAGGUUUCCCUUCGAGCAGCUGCUGCCCUCCAUAGCAUUUACAAGGAGAUGACUGAAGAUUUGUUUUCAUGAAAGAACUACUCCACUCUAAGAUUUGAGGGAACCACAGUGAGAGUCUCUUAUAAAGUAACAUGCCAUGCCAUGCCAUAAAA